AUGGCGGCGAUCAGGUCCGACCGCAAGGAGAUCAAGUCGGCACACCGGCGGAUGGUGAAACUUGCCGGGGGCCCAAGGGUGGGCAGGAUCUCAGAGACCGAGGGGACCUUCCAUUUGGUGCAUCCAGACAUUUUGGGCGCUGAUUCAGCGGAUCUCCAGAGCAUUGUGACGGAGGCCUACAACAUGCUCGGCGACCCAGAGAGCAAAGCUGCCUAUGAUGAGAAGCUGCGCGCGGCCAAGCCGAGCUUGGCCAAGAGCAACUGGUCUGAGGACGCGCCGCAGUUUGCGAUGGGCGUCUUUGUGGAUGAGACAAAGUGUGAAUCCUGCUAUAGGUGUGUCAACAUUGCAUCGUCCACCUUCGCCAUCCACGACAAUCCGGUCAGAGAAGGCCGCUCGUAUGUGGCGCUGCAGUAUGGGGAUGACCGCUACGUGGUCCGGGAGGCCAUCGGGGAGUGCCCGGCAAAGGCGAUUCGCUACGUCUCCCGUGAGGACCUGACCAAGUUGGAGUAUGCCAUGACGCAGUGCGCCACGCUGCGGCACCGCGCUCGGCCCUGGGAGAAGGAGGCGCUGCCAGGACCUUGGGAGAUCUACCAGGAGCUCAUGCUGGAUGAGCUCAUCGGAAUGGACAUGGAGAAGGCGGUCCAAUCCCAGGAGGACCCUCUGGCGGAUACCAAGGUGGCCGAGGAGCUGGGCGACCAUGCCCGCGGCAUUUUGGAGGCGGCCAACCGACUCUCAGAGGAGCAGAGGGAGCGCAUCUGGCCCUUCGGGUAUGGCAGCGAGGCUGCCCAAGCCAAGCAGGCCUUGGAAGAGCAGAAUCCCAACAUCGGCAAGAGGAGCGCCCGCGGCGUGGAGCAGGGAGACGCUCGGGGCGUGCAGCGGGCUGAGAUGAAGGCCACGCUUUUCUACGUGCUGGACAAAGAUGGGGACGGGUUUCUGUACGACCCGGAGCUGCGGCACUUUGCGGAGAAGUUCGGCUUCGAGGGGUCCGACCUGGAGUGGGCACGAGUACCAGAUGCUGUGCACCCAAUUCCGCUGCUCGGCGUCGCAGGGCCUGGAUUUGCUGGCCUUCGCGAGGAUGCUGGACGACGAGGAAGGCUGCCCCCUGAGCGACGAGGAGCUCGCCGGGUUGCUGCGCGAGUCCAACCAGCUGCCGCGAGCCAGCGAGUGACCCCCCGAUUUUCCGAAGCUUUGUGCCCGGGGUACCUCUUGCGCAGAAGGGCUAGGGCGGCUCUGGGACUUUUCGGGCGGCGGGUCGAAGUUUGCAGUCGAGUCCGCAUGUAG